UCGGUUUUAUUCCAGCCUUAACGUCUUGCCUUACGCCAUUUUAAUAGAAAAGAAAAAAUCGUUGCCGAAGAUAAACCUAUUUUCAGUCGUAGUUCAUUUUAAGGGAAAAUAAAUAUCUGUACAUAAAAAAUGAGCAACGGUGGUAGUGCAGGGGGACUGGGCGCAGCGCGUCCUCCUCCUAGAAUCGAUGGAAUGGUUUCCCUGAAGGUCGACAAUCUCACAUAUCGCACCACACCGGAGGACCUGCGUCGCGUCUUCGAAAGAUGCGGUGAAGUAGGAGACAUCUAUAUACCCAGGGAUCGCUACACACGCGAGAGUCGUGGAUUCGCUUUCGUGCGCUUCUAUGACAAACGUGAUGCCGAGGACGCACUAGAGGCAAUGGACGGUCGCAUGUUGGACGGCAGGGAGCUCCGUGUCCAGAUGGCUCGCUAUGGCCGCCCCUCGUCGCCCACUCGCAGCUCCAGUGGCCGUCGUGGUGGCGGAGGCGGUGGAUCCGGCGGACGUCGUCGUUCACGAUCUCGCUCUCCAAUGCGCCGCCGUUCGCGCAGUCCGCGUCGCCGCUCAUACUCACGUUCCCGCUCAGCUGGUAGCCAUUCGCCGGAGCGUCGAUCAAAAUUCUCACGCAGUCCAGUACGCGGCGACAGUCGUAACGGAAUCGGGAGUGGGUCUGGAGCCCUGGGAACAGCUGCGUCUCGCAGUCGCAGCCGCUCUUAAAUAUCUAAGAAACGUUCCAACUUUUAGAAGUGCGAGAUAUCGCUCGUUGACAAAGCCCGAUUCCGUCUCCACGGACGGGUCUGUGGCUCCUCCUGUGUAGUGCUGUACCAGAACAGCAGGUAUACAAACCUUUAAACAGUCUUACACUUUACACAACUAUUUAUAGCGAACUAUUUUAAGUUUCGACAGAGUGAAUAUAAGUAGAGAACAGGCAAGAUUAUGUUCCGAGCGCGAUGCCCGCUUAAUGGGCAAUCCCUCGAUGUCAGCUCAUUCACAUUAGGCUUUUGAUAUACUUAUUAGUAGCGUAGAAGAAAACUUGAACAAAACCAGAAACCGAACAUAAUAAACUCAAAUUAACACGGC